AAAAGUAGUUUGUAUUUAAUUCUAUGAUCAACCAUUAUCCUCAAUAUAUUCCUCUUCCUCCACAACCUCUCCAACUUUUGUUGCAAUUAUGAAGGACUCUAAGCCAUGGAGACCCUUCACAGCAAAUUGUUGUUCAGUGGAAGACAAUACAAUUUUCGGCAAUUUUAGCCGGUGCCGGUCCUCCCGGUCGGAUUUUUCUAAGAACGUGGCGCCAUUACCGUCCUUUCGUCGCCUGUCAUUCUCCGAUUUGAGUCGUUCCUCGUCGACUCGCAUCAAUGAGGACUUGGCACAGUCUUUUGGGCCGGACUUGUAUGAUUUUCAGCUGAGUGAGUUACGUGGUAUAACUCAGAAUUUUUCGAGCAAUUUCUUGUUGGGUGAAGGUGGUUUUGGGACAGUGCAUAAGGGUUAUUUUGAUGAGAAUUUAAGGCAGGGUUUAAAGGCUCAAGCUGUUGCAGUUAAGCUUCUCGACAUUGAAGGCCUGCAAGGACAUCGCGAAUGGCUUGCGGAAGUGAUAUUUCUUGGGCAGCUUAGGCAUCCAAACUUAGUUAAACUGAUCGGGUAUUGCUGUGAGGAUGAAGAAAGGCUUCUUGUGUAUGAGUUCAUGCCUCGCGGCAGCUUAGAGAAUCAUCUUUUUAAGAGGCUUUCAGUGUCAUUGUCAUGGGGCACCAGAUUGAAGAUUAGCAUAGGAGCAGCCAAAGGACUUGCCUUCUUGCAUGGUGCUGAGAAGCCUGUCAUAUACCGCGACUUCAAAACUUCCAAUGUCUUGUUAGAUUCUGAUUUUAAUGCCAAAUUGUCUGAUUUUGGACUCGCGACGAUGGGGCCUGAAGGAUCAAACACCCAUGUUACAACUCGAGUGAUGGGUACCUAUGGAUAUGCUGCACCUGAAUAUGUCAGCACAGGGCACUUGACCACCAAAAGUGACAUUUACAGCUUUGGAGUGGUGCUUCUAGAAUUGCUGACAGGAAGGAGAGCAAUGGAUAAAACAAGGCCAAAGAGCGAGCAAAACCUUGUUGAUUGGGCGAAACCAUACUUGACUAGCAGCCGAAGGAUACGUUGCAUUAUGGACCACAGACUUUCUGGCCAAUAUUCUGUCAAGGGAGCCAAAGAAAUGGCUCUUCUCGCAUUGCACUGUGUGAGUUUGAACCCAAAAGACAGGCCAAAAAUGCCAACCAUUAUCGAAACUCUUGAAGCCUUGCAACAUCUCAAGGACAUGGCAGUAAGUUGUGGGCAGUGGCCAGCAUCGCCCAAACCUAGCAGAAAAGCAGUUUAUUCUGCCAAAGGAAGGAGAGAGAAUGGAGCAGCUGGGAUUCAUAGGAAGCAUUCUCCAGUUGCUGCAAGCUAGUGAUCUCUAAAUUAAUCAAAUGGAGGCCUAAGUAAGUAUAAAGAAGUGUGUGUACAUUUUGUGUGUUAGAAGAACACAAACAUGAAUUUUUAAGGCAUGUCUAGCUUCCUAUAUGUGCAAGUAUAUAUGUGAACGGUGCUUAUGUCUACUACAUAUAUUUUUACAUAUAUUCUCCUUUCAUAGUGUCUUCUACUUCAAGAACAUUUUAUCCGAGUUCAUGCUACUGAUCUU